CUGGGGUUUUCGCUGCUGGAGGCGGGGCACGUGCGGUUCAAGAACACGCGCAACAUAAUGAUCAAGAACGUGCUCGACACGUGCGUCUCCGCCAUCGCCUUCUGGCUCUUCGGCUACGCCAUCGGCUUCGGCGAGGGCACGCGCGUCUUCGGCUGGGCCAACCCCGACGGCUCCGUGGCGUUCGCAGGAGGGCAGAACUACGUGCAGUUCUUCUACGCCUUUGCCUUCUGCGCCACCUCCGCCACCAUCUUCGCCGGGGCCGUGGCCGAGCGCACACACCUCGCAGCCUACCUGCUCUUCAAUUUCGUGCUGGCGGCGCUGAUCUACCCGGUGAUAGCGCACGUGCUGUGGAGCAGCAACGGGUUGCUGUCGCCAGCGCGGGGGGCGGUGAUCCUCAACACCAAUGGCGUGCUGGACAACGCCGGGUCCAUGGUCGUGCACGUCACGGGGGGGGUCACCUCCCUCGUGGGCGCGUGGAUGGUGGGGCCGCGCAUCGGCCGCUUUGACAUCGACGGCAAAGUCGUGCCGUUCAAGGGCCACUCCAUGGUGUUUGUGGCGGCGGGCACCAUCAUCCUGUGGACGGGGUUCUACGGCUUCAACGGCUGCAGCGUGGACUACCUGGGGGAGGACCCGCUGGACUGGAGUGCUGAGGUGGCGCGCGUGUGCGUCAACACCACCAUCUGCGCCGCUGCUGCCGGGGUCACCGUGUGGACGCUCACGUACCGGCGGCGAGAGCCGGUGCCGGAGGACACGUUCAAUGGGGUCAUUGGGGGCCUCGUGGCUGCCUGCGCCACCAGCUCCCUCGUUGAGCCCUGGGCCGCCUGCGUCAUCGGUGUGCCUCCUCUCACCCCCUGCUCUCUUUGUCUCUCCGCGUCUUCCAUCUCCGCUGCACUUGAUUCUCGUCUCGCUCCUGCCACAUGGCCCUCGCCACCUGCCACCCUCGUCCCUUCAUUCUCGUCUCGCUCCUGCCACAUGGCCCUCGCCACCUGCCACCCUCGUCCCUUCAUUCUCGUCUCGCUCCUGCCACAUGGCACUCGCCACCUGCCACCCUCGUCCCUUCAUUCUCGUCUCGCUCCUGCCACAUGGCCCUCGCCACCUGCCACCCUCGUCCCUUCAUUCUCGUCUCGCCUCGCCAUUCCUCUGCCCGAGCAUAUCCUGGGGCUGGUGAUAGUGUACAUGUGGGUGGGCGCCACGGCGCUCUUCCUCUUCUACGGGCUGCACUUCUUCGAUGUGCUGCGCGUCAAGAGGCACCAGGAGGAGGUGGGGUUGGACGUGGUGUUCCACGGGGGCGACGAAGCUGACGACGUGGAGGGCGACCAGCACGGCCACGCGCGCCGCUUUGCCUCCCGCCGCUGGCAGCAGCUCGGCCUCUCCACCCUCUCCGCCGUGCCGCGCGGCUUCUUCAGCCCCUCGCGCUGGCUGCGCGCCUCCACGCGCCUCUGCUCGCGCGACGGCCGCAGCACGGCGGACGGGGACGGCAUGAGUGUGCGCAAGCGGCGGGACGUGUGGCACCGGGCGCUGGACUGCACAGGGCUGGGGCAGCUGUCGCUGGCCAUGUAUGAGGCCAACUACGUCAUGGAGGACGCCGUUGAGGUGGAGGCGGGGUCGGGGGGGGUGUACCUCGGUGUGCAUGAUGGGCAUGGCGGCAGUGAGACCGCGGAGUUCCUGCGCCACACGCUCUACAACAACCUCAAGAAGGAGUUCCUACGCGGGGGAGGAGCGGUGUCGGUGGAGGCGCUGCGGCGGGGGUUUGCGGAGACGGAGAGGCAGUUCACGGCGCGCGUGAGGGACAGCUUCCUCGACUCGCCGCACCUCGCCACCGUGGGGGCGUGCUCUGCUGUCGCCAUCGUCACUCGCAGCGCCCUCUGGGUCGCCAACGUGGGCGACUGCCGUGCUGUGCUGGGGCAGGUGCGGCACACGGGGGACGGCCUAGAGUGCCGUGCGCUACAGAUGUCAGAGGACCACAACCUGAGCUUCCAGGCCAUCCGCGACCGCUACCGCGAGGAGCACGCCGACAUGCCCGACGCCGUCACGGAGAAGCGCGGGCGCUACCGCGUCAAGGGCAAGAUCACUGUCACCCGCGCCUUCGGGGACCUCUACCUCAAGUCGCACGACUUCAACCGCGAGCCGCUCUUCUCCCGCUUCCGUGUCGCCGAGCCCUUCAACCCGCCGCUGCUCUCCACCGACCCGCACGUGGCGGUGCGCCUGCUGGCGCCGCAUGAUGCGUUCGUGGUGGUGGCGUCGGACGGGCUGUUUGAGCUGCUGAGCAACCAGGAGGUGGUGGACAUGGUGGCCGUCUCCCCGCGCAAAGACAUCGCCCGCCAGCUCAUCCGUGCUGCCCUGCGGCGCGCGGCGGAGCGCACGGAGGUGCCGUACGGCGAGCUGCUGCGCAUGGCGUCGGGGCAGCGGCGGUCGUACCACGAUGACAUCACCGUUGUCGUCUUCUUCUUUGACCAUGAUGCCAUCCGCAAGGAGGCCGCCCGCAACCAGCCACAAUGGAGCAAGGACGUAUCGCUCAAGGGCGGGGUGAGUGUGGAUGCGGCGGGGGCAGUGGUGAGCGACUUCAACGUGAUCAGCAGCGUGCACGGCGCCACCGCUGCGCGCUCCCUGCUCGCCCGCUCCAUCGGCUCCACCAACAACCUUGCUGCCGCCUCCACACUUAGUGCAUCGCUCAUAGAGGACUCGGCGCUGGAGAUUGAGUAG